AUGGGCCUGCGCUUUAAAAUAGUAAAUAUUGUAAUAAAGAAAAGAGUCCGUUCCAUCAGUCUUCCCUGCCGAUCUCACCCUUUGAUUUUCCAACUCAAGGACCAGAUCGCCAAUCUCCAUUCCUGGUCCCUCAACUCCGAUUCCCGCACCGCCGCCUGGAUCUGUGAAGGCUUAAGCCAUCUCAAAACCGUCCACAACCAUCUCGACGACAUUCUCAACCUCCCUCAAACUCGAGAGUCCCUCCGACACAACCCGCACUGGAUCGAUAAGCUUCUAGAACAUUUCUUACGCUUCGUCGACGUCUACGGAAUCUUCCAGACUUUGAUUCUCUCCCUCAAAGAAGAACACUCCGCCGCACAGGUCGCGAUGAGGAGAAAAGACGAAGAGAAAAUAGCGUUGUACGUUAAAUCAAGGAAGAGGUUAGCUAGGCAAAUGGCAAAACUGGUCUCGAGUCUUUCGACCGUACAGAAGAAAACCAAAAUUGCCGAACAAGGCCAAGCCGGAGUCACCGCCGAUCUUGCCGCAGUGAUCGAAGAAGUCAUAGGAGUAACGAUGACAGUUUCCCUGGCACUGUUCAACGGAAUCUCAGAAUCAUUCGGGACUAAAAACACAUGGAGAUGGACAAGAUUAGAUCGCGUCACGAAGAAGGUGAAGAAAUCGGCGGAAGAUCAGGAGAAGGGGAUUCAAGAAUUCAGAGAAAUUGGGUCGGAGAAUUUGAGAGAAUUGAAGAAGAAAGGGAAAGAAGAAACGAAAAUAGCGAUGAAGAAGAUGAGAGAUUUGGAGGAUUGGAUAAGCGACAUUGAAAAUGGAAGCCAAAGGGUUUUCAGAAGUUUGAUCAGUGCAAGAGUUUCAUUGCUCAACGCUCUGUCGCAGCAGCAAGAACACAAAAAUUAGAGGGAAAUUUUUUAAAAACUUUUUUACACAAAAUUACUAUACUAAUUAAUUAAAUAUAUGUACAUUAAUUAGAGAUUUUAAUCCUCUUUGUCAAGAAAAAAAAAAGGGUUUGAAAAGAAAAAAAAAAUCUAAUUUAGGGGAAAAUACAAUUAAUUUACAUUAUGAGGUGUUGUGGUGUGUACAUAUGAGCUGGUUUGUAUGAUAUAUUGAAGAUAGAAUCUUUGGAAGUGUGUAGCAAAUUGAUAGCCAUGGCCAUCCCAUAUUAAUUGUUGGAUAUCAUAAUUUGAAUUUUAUGUUUAUUAAAUUUUUGUGAAUUUUGUUCCAUUUGAUUGAUGCAUUAUAUUUUAAUAAUAUGUAAUUUCAAAACUUAUAUAUAAAUAAAUAAAAUUUAAGAUU